CACGUGGCCCGUCACUCAGCCUCCCUCAGCGUGACAGACCGUCUCCGCUCAGACUCUCGCUCGGAUCUCAGCGGAGCAGCAGCGUCCGCCGCGUUCUCACACGUGUUUAAUGCGCGGCUCGACAUGCCACCUCACAUGGAUUACUUCCACCGCGAGUCCCGAGUCCCUUCCGCCUGCGGGCUGACCGGGGAGGACGAGCUGGAGCCCGGCGUCAUCAGCUGCAUGCUGGUGGGAGACGGAGCCGUCGGGAAGACCAGCAUGAUCGUCAGCUACACGUCCAACGGGUACCCGACCGAGUACCAGCAGACCGGCUUCGACGUCUUCUCCGGUCAGGUCCAAGUUGAAGGAUCCCCAGUUAAAGUUCAGCUUCUGGACACUGCUGGACAGGAGGAGUUUGACGGAUUCAGGGCUCUGUCCUACGCCCACACGGACGUCUUCCUGCUUUGCUUCAGCGUGGUCAACCCCACCUCCUUUCACAACAUCACCAAGAAGUGGGUUUCAGAGAUCCGGGCCCACAACCCGUCCUCGCCCAUCGUCCUCGUCGGGACUCAGUCGGACCUCUUGUCGGACGUCAACGUCCUCAUCAACCUGGACCGGUCCAAAGUCAAGCCCAUCCCGAGCUCCCGGGCCCGGGGCUUGGCCGAGAAGAUCCGGGCGGCGGACUACGUGGAGUGCUCCUCGCUCACGCAAAAGAACCUGAAGGAGGCGUUCGACGCCGCCAUUUUCGCCGCCAUCAAGAACAAAUCUCGCAAGUGCAAGAAGAGGAGGUUUUCUGACAGACGCACCAAAGCUUUCUCCAGGUGCAGCUGGAAGAAGUUCUUCUGCUUCAUCUGAACUCUCCAAAGCGGACUGCCGACCCUGUGGGUUGCGGACAAAAAUGUCGCUUAUUUAACUCCUUUACUUUUGCUUCCUGUCCCGGUUCUGAUUGGUGGCAGUUUAGCAUCCUUACCCGUUAAGCAUUAUUACUCCGGGAUGCCAAAUGGCGCAAAGGGAAACAAACCAUGAGCGCGGAUGGACGCGGGAAGUAACAUCCGUGGAGACCGCAGAGAGGAUUCUGGGUCUGGUUUCCGGUUUUGAGGAAAGCAAAGUUUGUUUACAUUAUAUUCACAUGCCGAUUGUUCCAUGUAAAAAAAAAACAACAACAUAUGUGUUAUGUUAAAAAUCAAAGUCAGUGCACGCUUUCAUGUGUACGCAUCACCGGCGGGCCGUGAAU